AUGGAAUCAACACUCGGCAGUAGAACCCCACCACCACGUUUGGUGGAUAUCAAAUUCUCAAGACCUCAGUCUAUGGUAACGCCAUCAUCUAUCAAUCCUACACUAGUAUCGCGCCGCCGCACGAGCAGGUCUCAUCAUCAUGGCACGGUUGAUACUGUCCCAGAGUUGAGGAGGUUUAACACUUCGGGUACCAAAUCAAGCAUGGGAACGAGACCCCGCCAUACAACCAGUCAAAGUUAUGGGUCUUUGGAUACGAUAUCACCGCGACGUGAGAGAGAAACCAUGAAAGAUUUAUCUGACUUUCUCACGGCAUACGAUCCACCGGCGCAUAAUCUAGUCGCUCCUCCACAAACCAGUCCACGGAAGAGGUUCAGUCUCCUUCGUAGGAAGCAGAAGAAAGAGCCAAAGUCCAAUCAGUUCUUGAGACUUCCCGAUACCGCAAUUUCCGCUAAAACUCGUCAGGGUGUGAAAUAUAUAGCAAUUUCGAUACCAUUAGAGCACGAUUACCUGGGAAGAUUACCGACGCUUCCUGAGUCUGUUUCUCAAUCAAAACGUCCUUUGAUACUUGACAGGGGACCUGUUAUCGUUCACAAACCAGUUUACAACGUUGGGGAGUCUAUCACACCUCCGCCUGGUCUUCCUAUGUUCGAGAGGAAAGAAUCUUAUUCCAAGAAAAGUACUUGCGGACCUGGCACUAUGACCAAAGUGAUAACGAAACCAGGAUCUGAGGAGGUCAUUCUACAAAAUGGAUAUAUUCAACGAACUAGUCAGGUAUAUACACCUAUCGAAAGUAUUUAUCAUGAUGCAUCAGAGACACGACCCAUAUCUAAUCCAUCAAAAGGGACUACCUCUUCUGGCCCCCCAUUCAAAGUAACACUGGUAGAUGAUUGUCGAGCAAACUCCCUCAAUUCCGUCAGCCGCCCUGUUUUAUGGAGACAUGAAUCGGAUGGACCUUUGAGAGUAGUAAACAGGACACCCUCUCCCGAUAUCAAACCCACCUAUCAAAGCCAUAGAGUAAUAAAAUCGAUAUCAACUGUUCACAGUGUCGCAACCACCGGAACAGGUAUUAGACAGUCUCUAAAGUCUACACUAGGGAGUGUCAAUACAAAUUCAUCAGCCGCGCCAGCUGUAUUUGGUACCGCUGAAACGAUCGACCUUCAGAGUUUUAUGGGGACUAUACCAGGGGCUUUCCUCGCUUCACCUCAAAGUGAGAAAAUGGUGCAAUUUCGGGCGGCUAACCUAGGAGAGCCGAAAAAUGCUCCUGCGAUUCAAGCUACUAGUCUAAUAACACCUAAGUCACCCAAAAGUCCACAAGUUGGCAGUAAUGAGAAAAAAGCAGAUCAAGCAGCACAAAUGAGUCGUCGCGAAAAAGUGCGAGCAAAGAAGGAAAGAGACGUGGCUUCACUUCGCUCGAAGAAUUCUGAUCUGAACAAAUCAAGUUCGAAUAGUAUAUCUACCCAGUCCAUCCCAGAUUCGUCUCCAACUGCGGCCGGAAUUUCUUGUCUCUCAAACCCAAGCAUAAAAUCUGCUAAACUUCCAGCUCGAUCAUCAAACCGUCUCUCAAAAAAAGCCGCCGUUCUAUCGACAUCAAACAUAAUGCUAGUAGCUGAUCUUCCGCCAUUCAUCAGUCAUGUUCACCAAUCUGACCUCAACCUCCCUCACAAUCUUCCUCGUCCUCUUUCCCCAGCUUCAUCAAUUCCAUCGCCAUCACGUCUUCCUCGCCCUAAAUUCAUUCCAACCAAACCUCUCCACCGCCUCGAUAAUGGGAAAUCUGUUUAUGUGCAUCAUUCUACCCAAACUCGGCACCCCAAUUCCAUAAUCUCAGCCCAUAGCCAUACCUCAAUGUCUCCUAUCUCUCAAUGGCAAAAAUCACAUCGUACACGGCCAAAUAGCGAACCCUUCGCAUAUCCUCGACUAGAAAAUUCGUCCGAUAAUUAUGAUCCACAUGGUUUGGAUAUGGAUAGGGAUCUCAGGAGGAAAAGGGAAACGAGUAUGGGGAUGGGAAGCCCGAGGGAAAGGGAAUUGGAUGUUAGAUUGAGGAUCAUCGAAAGGGAUACGGAUGUACUUUUGAGGACGCUGGGGGAGAUUGCGAGGAGUUUUGAUAAUUUGGUCCCACUAACCAGGAUGAGCUUUGGAAGGGACUCUGAGCUUAGAGAUGGUGUUGGGAGAGGUACGAGAUCGAGUGUUAUAGGUGGGGUUGCUGGUGAAGGGGGUAAUGGUAAGAAGAGGGGUGAGAGGGGUGAGGGGAGUAAUAGGAAGAGAGCAGCUACGACGGGGAUGGGGAUGGAGAAUAGGAAUGUAAAUAUGGAUAUGGUGAUGAGAGAUGUUCAGUUGGCGGCUCCGAAGAUCGAUGAGGAGAGUGUGGUGGUGGGAGAGGAGGAUAUUCAUGGAGAUAAUGACAGGGAUAGAGCUUUUGUCUAA